AAUCGGUGAGUAGAAGUAAGCCGCUGAGAAUGUUCAGUUGCCACUCGGCUGCCACCCAGAAUCAACGUAAUCAAAAACACUCGUCGUUUCCAUUCACACAGACUAUCGCUGGACCGGGCACGAAUGCUCGUGGAAGAGGUCGGCAACGCGGCGACGAGGCUCGAGUCGUCGUUCGAGUCGCGACGAGCCACCAUCCGGAAUCUCGCCGUGCUGAGGAGCAUCGAGGACCAGGCACGAGAGGUUCUCUCGUGGUUGUGCAAAAAGGGCGAGGACAUCCUCUCGAAGCACGGACAGCACUCGGCCACGAGUCUCACGGCGGCGCGGCUACAUGAGCGGGAAUUCGAGAAGUUCUACUUCACGUCGAUGGACGGCUACGACGGACUGCCGGCGGUCGUCGAGGCGACACGAGCACUCAGGAUCAUCUCGGGCCGGAAGCGCCAGGCCCCCGACGUUGCCCUCGAGGGCCGCUACAGCUCCGGCUGCAGUUGCGAGAGUUACGAUGAGCGCUACGGCAGCACCGUACUCCAGUGCACAUCCUUCUCGGGCUCGUAUCGGACAACCGAGCCAAAGAAGUACCUAACGAUCGUGCAUCUAAUGGGUCCGAACGGUGCUGGCGAGGUGCAAGAGGAUUUCGUGGCGCCGGCUUCCGUUCACUCGAGGAACGACUCGGGCUUCGUGGACGAUUGUAAUCUCGAGGAGGAGGUGCUGCGUACACAGCCCCCGACAGUCAUCUACCGACAUGGAAGCGUCGAGCGGCAGCAUCCGCAGUAUCAUUACCAUCGUGACAAUGAGCAGCAUCAGCAGUAUCAGCGUUCGCUCGGUAGUAAGACGGAGCAACUGAUUGCGCGGAGGUGCUGUAUCGGGAGCUCGAGGAAGCGACAGCAGCAGCAGUACGAGGGCGAGAUUAAGCGGAGAUCCGCGUCGUUCGAGUCGCGCGUAAAGGACGAGUGGCAGGCGAUCGUGGGCGAGUCCUCGAAAGGACGGCAGCUCCAACUCGAGAUACCGCGUCCCUGCACCGAGGUCGCGAGCAUCGACGAGGACGAGGGAUGUAUCCUGCUGAGGGUGAGGCUCCUCCAUCAGGACGAGUCUUCGUGCGUCGAGUCGGCGCCCCUCCUACGUCAGCAGGACGAGCGCUGUACGAGAAGGGACAGGGAGAGGGCGAGGCUGCUCAGAAGGCGCAGGAUCAACGGCAGAUCGGCCUCCGUCCCGAGGAUCAAUAGACACUUGGACAAGGGUGGCGACCUCGCGGAGGCUGCCUCGGCCUCGGGGCUGCGCGAACUCGCGCGAUCCCUGAAACAACACUUACGGGGCUUCGGGGCACGUUUGGAGGAUCGCCGCGAGUAUCUCGAGGACACAUCCCGAUGCUGCCUGCUCCAGGAUCGGGCCUACGAGUGGGCCCAGGAGGCGAGGCUCGCGGGCGAGCGCCGAGCCCAACAGUUCCUCGCGGCACGGCCGCCCCUCCCACCCGAGCACUUUGCCGAGAUGAUGGCCCUCGCCGAGAAGCUCGGCAAUGACAUACUCCUCGAGCAGUGCAGGAUCGCCCGAGCCAAGUGCCUCGAGGCCCUCGAGAUCGCGAGGACGAUCUCCGCGCCGGCAAGCCCGCCCCGGCGCAGGAGCCUCGCCAACUCGGACUCGGCCAACUCCUGGGAGGAGGCCCUCGCCAAGCGUGCCAGCUGGGAGGACAGCGAUAGCAGCGGCGCCUCCUGCGCGGGCGCACCCGAGAGCAUCGGCGCCGGGGGUCGCGGUCUCCUCGACAACAUCGCCGAGCUCCGCGAGAGCGCGGAGCAGCUCCUCGACUGCUCGCCCCCGAGGACGCCUCCGAGGAGUCCCCAGGCCACGCGGAGACUGGUCAAGCCGCCCGUCAACUCGCACCUUCAUCGCGCGCCCAGCAUCGCACCUGGCAUGAAAGCUAAAAAAACCAUACUGCUGAUAAUGAGGGAAAUGAUACAGACUGAACGAGACUACGUGAAAUCCCUCGAGUACAUAAUAGAGAAUUAUAUACCCGAGUUAGUUCGGGAGGAUAUUCCUCAGUCGUUGAGAGGCCAGCGGAACGUGAUCUUCGGCAAUGUCGAAAAGAUUUAUGAGUUCCACAGUCAAUACUUUCUGCGCGAGCUAGAACAAUGCGAACAAUCACCGAUGAUGGUCGGCCAAUGCUUCUUACGUCAUGAGAAGAAGUUCUACCUCUACGCCCUCUACAACAAGAACAAGCCCAACUCGGACUCGCUCAUGGCUGAGUAUGGUACGGCCUUCUUCAAGGCCAAGCAGAUGGAACUCGGUGACAAGAUGGACCUGGCGAGCUAUCUCCUCAAGCCGGUCCAGCGAAUGGGCAAGUACGCGCUCCUGCUACAGCAGCUGGUCAAGGCCGGCACCGACCUGUCCGAGCAGCUUUCAUCCGGCAAGACCGGUGACGAGACCAAGGACGAGAAGGACUCGGAGAGCCCGAGGCCGAUGGUCGAGGGAGAGGCCGACCUGAGGGCGGCCGAGCUCAUGGUGCGCUUCCAGCUUAGGCACGGCAACGAUCUUCUAGCAAUGGACUCGCUGCGCGACUGCGACGUAAACGUAAAGGAGCAAGGCAGAUUACUGAGGCAAAACGAAUUCCUGGUGUGGCAGGGUAAAGGAAAGAAGUGCCUGCGUCAGGUCUUCCUCUUCGAGGAUCUCAUAUUAUUUAGUAAGGCUCGUCGAUUCCCUGACAGAAAGAAUCUCGACAUCUACAUCUACAAGCACAGCAUCAAAACGACGGAUAUAGGAUUGACGGCCGUCAUCGCGGACUCGCCCACGAAAUUUGAAAUCUGGUUCCGUAAGAGAAAACCGGGCGACACUUACACGCUGCAGUGCGCCAGCGAGGACAUCAAGAAGGCCUGGACCGAGGAGCUGAGCAAUCUGCUGUGGAAACAGGCGCUCCGAAACAGAGAAGUGCGCCUGGCAGAAAUGUCGAGUAUGGGCAUCGGGAACAAACCGUGUUUGGACAUUAGGCCUAGCGCCGAUCAGAUCAACGAUCGUUCCAUCAGCGUAGCCCAAUUAUCUAAAACUCCGAGGUUCAGGAAUUCGAUAGCGGUGUCCAAUAACGAGGAUUCGAAUCGAUGCAGCAGAAGACCUCACAGUGUAAUAUCGGUGAGUUCGUCGUCGAGUAGCGGAGGAAGCAGUGGACCUCCUACAACACUGAACUUGGGCUUGGACACGAGUCCUCGGCUUCAUCAUCGUAGCACUACUUUGAACAGCCAAUGCAGCGUUGAGAGCGGCAUAAUCGCGGACAUCUCAAUAGUAUCGGACGACGGGGGCGACGGAACGGAUCGCAGCCAUUGGAACUCGACCUUGGAGUCACCGACAUCCCAAUUGCCGCCGACUGGACACUCGACGCCUCAGUUGCAGUCGCCGAUGAGCGGCGGCACGAGCGGCGCCUCCUCAGUUACCUCGCCCUCCUCCUCGGAGGCUAAUUUAGCGCCCUACGAGCACGACGUCUCCAUCAACCUCUGAGACGUGCGCUGCCGAGCAUCGACGACGUCACGCCAUAAGCUAAACGAUUUAUAAAUGUUGCCCGCGUGUACGCGCGC